AUGAUCAGAGAUGUUACUGAAUUCUUGAGAAAAUCAAUAAUUACUAAUUCCCCAUCAAACUUUGCAGCCCUUCAUCUUCGUAAAAUGCACAUACCAAAUACUUCGCCUGAUUACCACAAAUAUCUCAAAGGGUACUUUCGUCACUCUACGAACAUAAUCUUAUGCACAGCUCUAUACAUAUAUAUACACGUUGCAAAGUCACGUUCACCUACAGCUACAGAAUACCAAAAACAAAAAAAAAACACAAAUGGCUAAAACCUCUCUUCCUCUCGCCGCUUCCUUCCUCCUACUCCUCAUCUCCUCCACUACUUCCGCAGACACCGGCCGUCUCUUCCUCACCGUCGUCAACCACUGUCCCUUCACCGUCUGGCCAGCCAUUCAGCCCAACGCUGGCCACCCCGUCCUUGAAAAAGGUGGCUUCGCUCUCCUAACCAACACCCACCGCUCCUUUUUCCCACCAUCUACCCACUGGUCCGGUCGCAUAUGGGGCCGAACCGGCUGCUCCCAUUACAACGGCAAGUUUUCUUGUGUCACCGGAGACUGCGGUCACCGUCUCGAAUGUAACGGUCUCGGGGGCGCAACUCCUGCUUCUCUCGCUCAGUUCGAUCUCCACCACGGUGGACACCAAGAUUUAUCCUCCUACGGUGUCUCUCUCGUCGACGGUUUCAACGUUCCGAUGACUGUGACUCCUCACGAAGGCCGUGGUGUUUGUCCCGUCGUAGGUUGUCGCGAAGACCUCUUGAAAACGUGUCCAGCUCAUCUUCAGCUCCGGUCACACGGUGGACACGUGGUGGCUUGUAAGAGUGGGUGUGAGGCGUUCCGUACGGAUGAGUUGUGUUGUAGGAAUCAUUACAAUAGUCCUCAGACGUGUCGAGCUUCGAGCCACUCUCUGUUCUUUAAGCACGCGUGUCCUUCGACUAUGACUUUUGCUCAUGAUAGUCUUUCGCUUAUGCAUGACUGUUCUUCUCCUAGAGAACUCAAAGUCAUCUUCUGCCACUAAUGUGUAUCUCGUAUGGUGUCUCUCUUCUUAGCAAAAAAAAAAAAAAUGGUGUCUCGAUUUAAGAAUUUCGAACUAGAAAAGAAGUGGCUAACGUUAGGGUACUGAAAAGUCUCCAAGCCAAAUGAGUCACGUAGACGAGUAGCGUAUUCGUUAUUAUGUCUAAGGGUUGCUACUUGCUGUAGAGUUUGGUUUAGCAUAUGAUUAAUAGAUAACAGCUGUUACGUAAAUGCUAUACAGCAAAGAGAUUAACAAUAUAAAACAUGUGGUUUGCAUAGAGUGUGCAAAUGCUCCUUUACUUUCUAAAAAAGUGUGUUUGAAACUUGUUGUGAAAUAACAGCGGUACGGCUUUGAAUAAGUUACUUUCUCCCCAUUGACCAUCUUUCUCGGGCAUUUCUAGUUUUAUGUCUCCCUUUCUGCUGAUUUCUUGAUGCUUGGUUUUUAUAGUUUUUUUGAGAAAAUGUGUAAACGGCGGAUACCUUACGUGAAUUAUUAAUUUCUUUUGUCGACACAGAUGAUAUUUAAUGUGAGAACGUAUUUUAAAAUGCAGGUACAUUAGUAAACGAGGAGAAAAAAAG